AUGACUAGUACAUGCGAACACAUCAAUGAAUAACACAUCACAUGGUAAAUCGAGGGAUAAAUGAUACACAAGAAUUAAUGCACUCGUUGUUUUGUAGAAGCAAAGAGUGACAAUGGCAUAUAGGUGUGUUUGAAAUGUUUUAAUGGAGCUUGUAUUGAAAUACACAGUCCUCAACACAGUUAUUAGCAUAAUCAUUACAUUGUUUUGAACAUCAGAUUAUAUGAGAUUGAAUAGCAAAAAUAGAGUUUGGAUGAAAUUACUAAAUAACUUAAAGAAGAUAUUCCAUAGUUAGAGACUGAAACAAGUGUGAUAUGUUUGAAAUGUCAAAAACUAUUGAAUUCUCCUUGGUUGGAUGCGUUAGUUUAAUCUAUUAUUAAAUAAGCUAAUACUACUUUAUAGCGAUUACCAAUCAAUGAAUACAAAAUAUAACCAUGUGAGCAUACUAUAACAAUAUAAUAGAGGCCGUUAACUGUAAAAAAUCUAUAGAAAUGUAGACGAUGUCGUAUGUCUAACAAUUUAUGGUUAUGUUUAGAGUGUGGACAUGUUGGUUGUGGUAGAAAGAUUUUUGAUGGAUCAGGAGGAAAUAAUCAUGCAGUAGAUCAUUCUGAUGAACUUUAACAUCAUGUGGUUGUCAAAUUGGGAACUAUUACAUCAGAUGGUUAAGCAGAUGUAUUUUGCUACAAAUGUGAUGAUGAGGUGGUAGAUAACCUUCUCAAAGAACAUCUUGCUACUUACGGGAUUGAAAUAGAAAAAUAAGUGAAAACUGAGAAAACUAUGGCUGAAUUAACUUUGGAUGCCAAUUUAGUAAUUCAAUUGAGCAAAUUGAUAGAAGAGGGCACAGUGUUAGAUCCUAUUUUUGGACCUGAAUACACAGGAAUUGACAAUAUCGGAAAUACAUGUUAUAUGAAUUCAGUUAUCUAAGUAUUUUUUAGUAUACCUGAAUUUAAAUAACUCUACUCUUUAGAACAUUAAUUCAAUUGCACAAGUAUGCCGUACAAUUGUGUAUUAUGUCAAAUAUGUAAGGUCAAUCAUGGUCUUAAUAGUGGUGAUUUCUCAAUAAAGAAAGUAUCAAAGGGUUUACAAGGAGCCUUAGGAAAUUUCUAUUAGGAUGGAAUCAAACUAUACGAUUUCAAGCAGUUAGUAGCAAAAGGAAAUUAAAAUUUCCUCUUUAAUCAUUAAUAAGAUGCAUAGGAAUAUUGGCAAUUAUUAAAUUCAUUCUUUCAGAAAACAGAAAAACAAUUUUAAUUACCAUAAUUAUCUUCGAUCUUCUCAUUUGAUUAGACUACCAUUCUAGAAUGUGUGAAUUGUGGAGGACAUAAAGUUAAUUUAGUUAAAAAUUAAGAAUUUAAGUUACCUGUUGAAUUACCUACUUAAGAUUAAAUUGAUCUUUAUCGCACACAACAGAAAUAGAAAUAUGAGGAGAGAAUGAAAUCAACGAAUCCAUAAGAAAUUAAACCAUUCUCAUUGAAAGAUCUGCCUGAGUAUGAUACAACAUUUGAAAGAUGUCUGGAACUACUGAAAGAAGGAGAACGUGUAGACAUCUUCUGUCCUCAAUGUUAGUCACUUUAAUUAUUUAUCAAAAAAGAAUACUUUAAGACUUUCCCUAAAUAUCUCUUUGUACCUGUAAACAGAUUUAUCUAAGAGAAUUGGGUUCCUAAGAAAUUGAAAGCAUCAAUAAAGAUUAAGGAGAUCUAUGACUUUGGUGAUUUCAAAGAACCUGUGCUCUAAGACAAAGAUGCAAUAAAAGAGUAAACUGAAUAGGAAUACACAGAAGAUAACUUGCAAAUUUUAAUGGGAAUGGGAUUUGGUGAGAAUAGAUGCAAAAGAGCACUCAUAAAAUAGAAGAAUGAUAUUGAAGCUGCUAUGAUUUUUAUUAUGGAAUCAUUAGGCGACCUAACUUAAGAUGAACUAUUAGAUUAGAAUGAAAAAAUAAAUGAAGCAUUUAUAGAAUAAAUAGUUAUAAUGGGAUUCAAUCAUGACUAAGCCAGAUUCGCUUUAUCUAAGACAGUAUUUAUAUUGUAUAUAGGUCAAAAAAAAGGAUAAUAAUUUGAAAAGAGCCAUGGAUUAUCUAUUUAAUCACGACUUAGAAGCUGAAAUGAAUCAGGCACAAGCGAAGCAAUAGUAACAGAAGUAGGAUCAAUUUGAUAAUCAAACUUCAAAAUAUGAAUUGUUUGGUAACUUCUUUGGUUUAUAACUCUUAGCAUGUAUAGUUCAUUUAGGAAGAUCUGUUCAAAGUGGACAUUACGUGUCUUACAUUAAAAAGAAUGGAGGAUGGAUUCUGUACAAUGAUUCUAAGGUUGCCAAGAUAGUGGAACCUUCUUUAAACAAUGGAUAUAUGUAUAUCUUCAAGAGACUAGAUUGA